AUGGUUGAAUUAAACUCAAAUCCUGAAAUUCUUUUACGUAAGAGAAAAAAUGCUGAUAGAUUAAGAAUAGAAAAACAAGAAGAUGCUAGAAAAAGACAAGAAGAAGCUAAAAGAAAGAAGAGUUUAAAAAAAAAUAGAUUUAUUAGAGCUGAAACUCUUGUUGCUAAAAAUUUAGCAUCAAAAAGAGAACAUGAAAGAGUUAAAAGAGUUUCAAAAAUAGAAAGAAAUUCUAUAAGUAAUUCAAAUGAAAAUAAACAUUAUAUUGAAAAAAUAAAUUCAAAUGGUAUUAAAUCAAAAAAUUUAUAUAAUGGUGAACCAACUUUAUUUUUCAUUAUUAGAAUAAAUGGUCCACAUGGUGUUAAAAUUCCAUCAAAAAUUCAAAAAAUUUUAAAUUUAUUAAGAUUAACUCAUAUAAAUACUGGUGUUUUCAUUAAAUUAACUGAAUCUAUUUAUCCAUUAAUUAAAUUAAUUUCUCCAUAUACAGUUAUUGGUAAACCAUCAUUACAAAGUGUUAGACAAUUAAUUCAAAAAAGAGCAACUAUUAAUGUCUCAAAUGAUGAAGGUGAAGGUUUUAAAACUAUUAAAUUAAAUGAUAAUAAUAUUGUGGAAGAAAAAUUAGGUGAUGAAGGAAUUAUUUGUAUUGAAGAUUUAAUUCAUGAAAUUGUUACAUUGGGUGAAAAUUUUAAAAUUGUUUCAUAUUUUUUAAACCCUUUUGAAUUAAAUAAUGAUAUUGUUGGAUUUGGUCCAUUAGCAAAAUUAAAAAAAUUAGAAAAAAGAGAAUCUCAAAAAGAAAAUAAAACUUUUUCACAAAGAGGUUCUGCUCCAAUUUUAGAAGUUGAUAUUGAUGAAUUCAUUUCUCAACAAAAUUAA